AUGAUUGAUUUAGGAACUGGUAAUAAUAACAAGAUUAAUUGGGCAUUGGAGGAUACACAAGAACUUAUAGAUAUAAUAGAAACAGUGUAUCGUGGUGCAAGGAAAGGUCGAGGAUUAGUAGUAUCGCCAAAAGAUUACUCAACGAAAUAUAAAUACUAA